AUGUCAAAGCUUAGCUACCCUCCUCCCCGUACGCUCCAAGGCUCUAUGCCUACACUUGACAAAAAAAUAGAGAUGGAAGAGGAUCCUAUAGAUACAGGCGUUAUUCGAUGCAUCUGCAGCUCAUCUGAUGAUGAUGGUUUUACGAUCCAGUGCGAACAAUGCCUAGUCUGGCAACAUGCAUUCUGUGUACGAAUCGACCAAAGCAACAUCCCAGACCACUACCUCUGUGACAAAUGCGAAAGAAGAUCUAAAGACGAACGCCGUCCUGAAACUACUCGUCUACGAAAAGAUGCUCUCAAAGAAGAUUUGGCAACAGAUGCAUUUUCCCCAACAGAUAAAAAGAGAGCAUACACAUUUGUAGACCCAAUACCCCCCAUCGAGACACCAGCCACAAAACGAAAGGAGGAAAAGCAAAAAGGACGUCUGCAAUUCACACGUGAGAGAAGACCUAUACACGACGGCACACGAAGAGCAUCUCACACACCACGCACUACGAAAAAACCAAAGCUUUCGAAGCGGAUUGCGAUUACCCAAGACACUUUACGCGGACUUGACUCUCCCGAGCCACUUGCGCAAAGUCUACAGAAGAAACUGCCACACAAGCGAGGUUAUGUACCGACGAAUUAUAACACAGUAAAGAGCAAGUUUGUGAAGCAGAUAUUUAAAGAAGCAAGAGAAAGAUGGAGUCAGCAAACCAAAUGGAGAGCGUCUGUGUGGAAAGACGGGCUUCCUCGCCGAGAAGAGCACACCCGUACACGAGACUGUCCUUAUGUGUCAAUGGAUACUUCCACAGUCACUUCAACUAAUACCAAGAUAUUUGUUCGACCUCUCAAACGCUCUGACAGCACACUAUACCCUCGAAACGAUCUACAUUUGCGCAAAGGAGUAUUUUCGGAUACGCACAUUCCUACGGACUGGUUCCUAAUGGAAGUGAAUGGAGAUGUUUUUCUAAAGUCAGAAUAUAAGUUCAAUCCUAUAAACGAAUUUUCCGAGUUAGGCACCCAACGAGAGCAUGUCUUAUUUUAUCCAACGCUUGAUUUGUGUAUUGACGCAAGAUACCAUGGCAACAAUGGAAGAUACAUACGCCGAUCGUGUCAUCCGAAUGCAGAUGUGCGAAGUAUUGUCCUGUCCCAUGCCAAAGACGACAAUAUGAUUCAUCUCGGUAUCUUUACACGCGAAGAAAUCCGGCCAGGUCAGGAAGUGACGCUGGGAUGGAAUUGGCAACGCGGACAUAUCGCAUGGCAAAAAAACAUUGAAUGGCACAACCGAACUCCUGGUACUGACGAUCAACACCAAGUAAUUGAUGAAGAAGAGGAAAGGGAAAAACGGAAGUCAGUCCAGAGAAUGCUUGAUUUUUUCUACAAAGAGUUUGGCGACUGUGCUUGUCAAGACAAAGGACGAUGCUUUAUAGAACAUCUGCGGAAAGAAGCCAGUGGUGAAAAGAGCCGCAAGACAUGGUCAUCUGAGCUCAGACCACCAGUACCUAGGCGAAUCAAUGAGCUUGAAGACGAAAGUUUGGAUAUAUACACACCGAAAAGAAAACAGGAAAAAACCAUACGGAGAAACAGCACAGCCAAUGCGGACAGUGUAUUUUCUUUUCAAAAUUCUCGACAGAGUGUGGUAUCUGCUCUUAAUCCAAAGAUUGACGGGCAGGAGAGGCUUACAUCCGAUUCUCCGGAUCCGUCUAUGGAAGACUGUCUUGAGAUUGAUGUCACGUCAACAUCACCCGGCGGAGGAAGCCCGGUUCGAGGAGAGUCGACAUUACGAGUUGAUGGGGCAUCGGAAGAAGAGCUUGAUGUGGAUGGUGAUAUUGACAUUGGGGAAGAUUUUCUGGGAUCACCUCUCAAUUGCUCAAAAGACCAGGAUACAACGAAUGUAAGCGACAAUGAAGACCUGUCGUCUCUUACGUCUCUAUCGUCACUAUCUGGAUUCGAAGACACUGGAAAUGAAGCUUCAGACGACGAACGGCGAGUGAGAAUAAAGAGCCGUCGAUCGGGUCGGAGGAAAGAGGAAGGGCGCCAGGGCGGAAAGUCGCGGAGACGACAUGACAAUGGAUUUAGAAGAUCACCUGAGGUGGAGAAAUCUGGGGAUAUUCUAGGCAGCAAGGUGCUUCCGUAUAUGCUGCCAUUCAAAAAGCGCUGGAUGUGUAGUUUCCGCGAACAGGGCCCAAAGCCAUCCAAAAGCGGGUCUUCUAAAGCAGAUGCAGAUGAAAAGAUUAGUUUGGGAAAUUUGGAAUCAAUCCAAGUUUCAUCCAAGCUUAGUAUACAUGACAGUGAUAUGGAUAUUGAGCCAUCUGAAGAAGUCCAGAAAACUCCUGAGCCAGAGUAUCAUAAACAAGCGAUGGAUUCUUCCCUAGAAAAAGAUUUCUUUGCAGACAUUAGCGUUGAUGAUGGACCUGAAGAACCAGUUUGCGAUGUAGUGAAACAAGAUUUGGCAGCACCAGACAGGCACAGUAAUUCACGGUCUUUGAACAAGACAGAACAUCCAGUCCGUCUGGAUGGUGCAAUUCCUGAAUAUACCUCUGCAGAUUUUGUACUAGACGAUGGAGAAUUGAGUGACGCUAGUUCAGCGUCAACCCUACCACUUGACGAAGAUGAUGAUGAUCGCAGACCAACCCCCACAAUCAUUUCUGUUUCAACACCCACUCUUAUUGCUAGUCCGCCUGCCGUUCCCGAAACAAAUCCCGCGGGUAAAGACUUUCCAGUCAAUGUUGACAAUGCGUCCUGUGAUCCAACUGAACUCAACCAAGCUGAUUCCGAAUUAUCAAAAGUUAAUGUUGUUGAAAGCAUUUGGUCUCCUCCGCCAACCCAAGCACUAGAUAAUACGGCUAGUGAUAUUAAAGCACAAGUCAGCAUUGAUGAGAAUCUAAAGGACGAAAGCAAGUUAGAAAAUGUUCCUGAGCCUGAAAAAAGGAAGGACUUGAACAAUAUGGUAGCUCCCGGUAGCACUGAGGAAAAAGGGACUCUUGGGACGUUUCCCCCUGAAGCAAAACCAGUAAAGAUCAAGCUUUCUAUUCAAGAAUAUCUUUCCCGACGCUCUGCCCACCCUCUAGAACAAUCCACAGAAACUGUACAGUCGGAAGAAUCUACCGAAACAAGCCUGACAGUAGAAAAAUCCAUAGACAUACUUCCUCUUCCUCUUCCUCUGUCUCCUCUUCCAGCCACUACUACAACUACCACACCAUCAACAGCAGUAGCAGCAGUAGGAUCUUCUUCUUCUUCUUCUUCUUCUUCAUCAUCAUCAAAAACUGCUGCUGCUGCUGCUGCUGAUUCAUAG